UGCUUCCAGCGAUAGAAGGUGGGGUUUCUUUUGUAAUCAACCUGAACGUGUAGUUACCAGGAAAACUGUGUUAAACUCGUUUUAAGUAGAGGUCGUUUUCCCAAACUCGACUGCUUUUUCAAAACAACAAGUUUUUAAAUCAAUUAAAAUGAAGAUAUUCUGGAAUCCAGCGCUGAUUUUAGGUCUGUUCGUGUGGAUACCUGCUGUGACGUAUUCGUAUUCUUCACAAGCACCUGAGGAUCAGGACACAUCAGGAGAUGAUGAGUCCUCAGGGUCAGAUGAUGAUGAGUCCUCAGGGUCAGGAAUGGAAAUAUACGUACCUAUCCGGUUUUCCGAUCCUGUGAUGACUAAAGAGCAGACUACGAAAGUGCCAGUUACCACAGCUUCACAAUCAACCUUGCCGACCACAACCAUUUCCUCGGUGGAUGUUGUUGUUAUCGAGAAAGAAACUACAACUGUUAGUCUUGUGGAUCCAGAAACGACAACCAUUUUGAUCGAGAAAGGCUUUGUACCUGCUGUAGCAGAGGACUACACUACAAAAGCAGUUGAUACAGAAGACAACAGACCCACAGUUUCAGUAAAGGUCAUUGAUAAAAAAACAACUGUUCCUCAUAUGGAGACUGUGCCUGUGCAGACGACAACCAUCUCCUCAGUGGAUGUUGUUGUUAUCGAGAAAGAAACUACAACUGUUAGUCUUGGGGAUCCAGAAACGACAACCAUUUUUAUCGAGAAAGGCUUUGUACCUGCUGUAGCAGAGGACUACACUACAAAAGCAGUUGAUACAGAAGACAACAGACCCACAGUUUCAGUAAAGGUCAUUGAUAAAAAAACAACUGUUCCUCAUAUGGAGACUGUGCCUGUGCAGACGACAACCAUCUCCUCAGUGGAUGUUGUUGUUAUCGAGAAAGAAACUACAACUGUUAGUCUUGGGGAUCCAGAAACGACAACCAUUUUUAUCGAGAAAGGCUUUGUACCUGCUGUAGCAGAGGACUACACUACAAAAGCAGUUGUUAAGGAAGACAACAAACCCACAGUUUCAGUAAAGGUCAUUGAUAAAAAAACAACUGUUCCUCAUAUGGAGACAGUGCCCGUGCAGACGACAAAAAAAGCUGUGGUUGUGACGCAUCCUGAAACGACUACAAUGACCACCACUGCUUUUAUGACUACAGCAAGUAGAAAUGACAAUCCCAGGUUCACAGAUACUGUUUUUACAGAAAAAACAGAAUCUGACUUUGAUUUCGAAGAUAUUAUACCUAGAAAAAUAGUGCCUGUUAAUGCACCUGGAGAAAUAGGGGCUUCAUCAGGGAAUGACAGCUUUCUGGAGAGAAAAGAAGUUCUUGCAUGUGUCAUAGCCGGUGGUGUGGUGGGUCUAAUCUUUUCUGUCAUGCUGGUCAGCCUAAUGGUUUACAGAAUGAAGAAAAAGGAUGAGGGGAGCUAUGCGUUACAAGAUAUGCCACAACCUUAUGUCUACCAAAAAGCUCCGAAACAGGAAGAAUUCUUUGCAUAAAAGACUUAAAGACACUCGUCAUGACAGAGUAGGCUGCUUUUCUUUGGUCUAUCUUUUUAAAAUGUUUUUAUACACUCAAAACACAGCAUUUAUAUAUCUUACGUGUGUGUAUGUAAUGUGUUGUGUAUGUUGUUAAUACACCUGUUAUUUUUAAAUAAUGAAUUUAUGCAGCAUUUUCAUCUACCAAACAUCUUAUUGACUUUGUGUUUAGUGUCAAAUUACUGCUGGUUUGAGGAAAUGUGAAUUUGUAAGGUUUUUGUUUUGUACUAAUCUGCUUCCAGUCGUUGAAGUUGUUUCUUUCAAUUCCUUUGAUGUUCAAGUUUUUAGGUCUUGGGAUUUUUUUGAAUUGUUUCUUUUCUAAGGUUUUUUUAAGAGCACAAGUAAGGCUGUGUAAAGAUUUUUUUAUGCUGCUAUAUAGGACAAUCGGGUAUAUUUUUGUUAAACAAAUUUCUAUUUAUUAAUCGCAGUGGAAGUUCAGUAUUACUUAAAUGUUCACAUGCCAGUCACUAUCAGAAGAAUCACAAACAUAUUGUACAGUAGCAUUGGUUGGUAUCAGCAAUGCAUGCAAAUUUACUUGGAAGUCCCAUGUUUAGCUAGUAUUUGCCCUGCUAUUAAAACCCUCUUACAGUCAGUAUGCAUGUUUACAGCAUUAAACAUUAGUUUCAAUCCCAGACUUUAAGUGAUUCGUAGUGACUGAGCACACUUCCAACAUGUACUUACUUGUACAUUACAACAAGACGAAGUUGUAAAAAUGACGUCGUUCCCUUUUGAACAUCCACUGCUAUAAACUCCAGGUUCAAAGUCCGCUAAGGAGAAACCAACUACACACUGUUGUAAACUUUCAAAAAGGACUUCCUUUUAUUCUUGUAAAUUAUUUUUUGUACUAAAAUGUAACCAUUUCAAACCAAAAUAAAAUGCAGCGGAAGCCAGUGAACUCUGGAAAGUGUACAGAAAGCAAGAUUAAACUUUAUUUUUUGUUUUAUUACAAAAAUACAAAAUAUAUAUGUAAAUGUG